AUGGAGGAAUAUGAGGAGCGAAAUUUGGAUCAAACAAUGGAUAGUUUGCAAAAUGGGGAUAACGUCAAUGUCACCAGCGCAUUUAAGCUAGAUUUCAAAAAUUGGACUCUGCCGCGAGAUCGAUGGGAUUUUGAAAUCGCCAUUAUAUGCGCACUACCCCUAGAGGCCAGCGUUGUUGGUGCGCUAUUUGACAGGCAAUAUGAUGACAGAAUAUAUGGAAAGGCACCAGGAGACACAAAUGCCUACUCCACUGGGGUGAUCGGUUACCAUAAUGUUGUUUUGGUCCAUAUGCCAAACAUGGGAAAGGUUGCCGCUGCGACCGCGGCCGGGUAUCUUCGCGCCAGUUUCGAGGGGAUCCAACUCGCUCUGGUGGUCGGCAUAUGUGGAGGAGCUCCGUUUGGGAAGGAGCGAAAGGAGGAAGUCGCACCGACCCUGAACAGCAGAAUUCUUUUGGAGAAACGCCAAUGUUAUGGGCUGCGCAGUAUGGGGACGAGGAGGCAGUGA